AGUCAAGCGCUCCCGCGACUAUAGACGAGACCCGACAUGUUUUGAAGUUUUGUGAAAUCUACUUACGUAAAAUAUGAAUUACAAUGAUUCCUGGUUGUUCAGUUCAAUGAUAUCAAAAUUCAUAUUGGACUGGGUUCUACUUCUAGGUACGUUCUUCUGUUGCUUGGUUCUGAAAUUUGAAUUUUUUUUUGGUGCUGGUGUUCUGGUUCUGGAACUCCUGGAAUAAAUCUCCUGCAAGAAUUGAAUGACAAACUCGAUGUCUCUUGAUGAAUCAAAUUUACUUUCUCUUGUUCAAACGGUGACGGAUACCUUAAUGUUGAUCUACUCUACCAUGCGAGAGAUCUGUCACCACGACCACCACUGUGGCGUUUCGCUACAACAGAAUAGGUAUGGUUCACCAAGUUCAAGUAGUGGUCUUCGCUCCUGCGCAGUUUCCUCAUAAUAAGCUUUUACAACUUUACUUGCUUCUACUCCUCAAGUUGAAUAAAAGACAAUUUGAUUUCUACGUACUUGGGUGUCGCGCUACUUGAAAAUACGCCAGCAUCAACCUGUAACUGUACCUGGUGAUUCAUCUCCUUCAUCCCUUUUCCUUCCAUUAAAUCAUCGCAGCCAAAGGUGAAAUGAUUCAAUCGUCAAGAUUUGCAUCAUGUCGACCUAUUCUACGGGGAGAAGAUUUUGUUGUAAAAAAGAAGCAGAUUUUUAAGAAGAAUAUCAAAAACGUAUCAAAUUCAACAUGAAUGAAUGAAUUCAAAGUAUGAAGAACAACACGUUUCCUGCUAGCACUCAGCGAUUGCUUCUUUCUUUUCUGUAGUGCGCUUGGGACCGAAGCAACGAACAGUGAGCGUAGUACUAGUACGAUCUCCAACUACAACAUCAUCGAACUAGAACUACAUAAAAAACUUCUUUGCGUUUCACGACGACUGCCAGAUCGAUAUAACAUCUUCAUUCCUCUUGAAAAACGACAACCUCAACCGCUGGCGCCUGACACUGACUACAACCUUGCUCUUUCGUGAAGAACAAGCAGAAAAACAAAGCUUCACACAUACGCUUUUACCCGAAUCUUACACACAUACAGCAGUUGUAACACAAGGUCAUCAAUAAAAAGAUGUCAUCCUCGACUGCUUCCUCUACUUCCGGCACUUGUGCCCAUCAGAACAAGAUGGUUGCGCAGUUGUUGAACGAGAAGUUUCGGGUCUCCUCGUACGACGGAGGCGCUUUCAAGAGCAAAAGCGUUUACAACAUCAAGAAUGUUCUGUCUCCGACCCCAGAUGUUUUCCACUGCUCCAGCUCGGGGACGAAGUAUACUGCGGUGUUCCGCUGCUCGGACGCCGUGACGGUCUCAAAUGUGGUGAUAGAAGCAAACUUGAAGAAAUGCACCGAGCCGCUGAAGAGCAGUACUGCUUUUCUUUGCUCUAUAAUUUUGAGUUGCAGGAGCAUUGUGUUAGUCGUGUCGUAGAAAAUUUUGUACCUUGAUACAACAUCAUAUUGACUGGGGGUUUUAUGGCUUUAGCACAUGAUCUUCUGUCUCUGAAACUGAAUGUGUAAGUGAACUAAAUCUUGUGAUUCAAAGUUUCAACCUCAAACCACUCCAAACAGUCCUCGUGUGGGUCCUCGACGAGCAGCCGCAGGUCGAGAAGUACGCCAAGUAUGACAACGUGCCGAUAGACGACUUGAAAGCUUGCUACGGUAUGUCUGCCGCUGAGCGCAAGAACAACCGCGAUACUGUUCUAAAGGAGUUGAAUGCCAAACAGGCUUCUGCAUUGGGUUUGAGUAACAGUUCGAGUUCCGCCAAUCUUGCUGGUCCACCGCCACCCGCUCAAGGCUCUUCCACUGGAACAGCCUCGAAUAGCCUCUUAGCGACGAUUGCAGUGCCGAAAAUUGGGUUUAGUGCGCCACCGUUUGCAGGUGGACAAGAGACGACUCCUACAGGCGCAGCUUCUGGCAGCACAGGUGCUGCUCAACAGGAGGAGGCAUCUUCUUCUGCCAGUAACAAGAAAGAAGAAGAAACAGGAGAUGCAGCGCAAUCAGGCUCAGGGGCAUCAUCUAGCGCAGCUGCUGGAGGUGCAGAAGAGGAAGGCAAUGUCACGACUUCAAACCAUGGUGCAGAGGGAGGAGCUCCUGGCGAAUCGUCAGCCACCUCGUCCCUAGAAGCCCAAGCUGCUCCCUCAUCAAGUUCCAUCGAAGCAGCAGCUUCAACCGCAGCAGUUGUGGUCGAGGAAGAGCCAGCGCCGGCACUUGACGUUCGUGGUCCCUACUUUUUCCAGACUGACAAAGAGACCCGCGAAGCAGAGCUCGAACUUGCGCCUUGGGUGGAAGGAAAAUUCGUCAUGAUCAAAUUCCUAGACACGUGGGCGGAGGGGAGCAACGUUGACGUGUCUGUGGUUGGAAUUUUUGGCUUUUUUGGCAGACACAAGGAGAAGUCCUUUCCAACCGGCAAGGUUUGGAACCGCAGCUGCCGUAAGCACUUGGUGCAUCCCUGCACGAUGAACAGCAUGUACUCAAGCAACUCGUGGGUCUGCGACGGGCGAGACUUCCCAGGUGGCUGCCGCAGUGGGCAGACAGAUUUUAACCAGACCUCGCAGUACGUGGUAACGUUUCGAGCCUUGAAGACAGGUGUGGAUUUGUGCGAACGCUGUGCGCGGGACCCGCUUCUUGGCCAGAUCAGCGAAGACGUCGCCAAGAAGGAUGUCGAUGCCUUGCUCGCUGGCUGCAGCGACCGUGGAGACAUUGGCGCAAACGAUGUCGCGAUUGCCAAGCUCGCUGCUGUCCGCAUUCUCACUGGUGUGAAGCGCAAUUGGCGCUAUGUCUUGCCGUUUUACUUGCAAGCUGGCGUGCUCGAAGCUAUGCAGAGAGUGUUCACGAAAUUGGACGAUAUCACGAUGGCCUUGGAUGAGGGCAACUUCCGCAUCGUCGCUGCUUCCUCUGCAAGCAGUAAAUCUCGAUCUCGCGAGCAUGGCGCGGGAGCCGCCGACUCCAAUGGCAGCAGUGGGAACGGAGCGUCUUCCGGAGGUGGCGCGCCGAAGAGUUCUUCGAGUAAGCGACAACAGAGCUCGAUCGAGUCUCAGAAGCGAAUCUUGCGGCAAACCCUGCACAGCCUGCUGGUCGAGUUGUCCCACAUGGUCUACUUCGGAUUCCGUGGCGACUUGCACCCUGGUGACGCCGUGUUUUUUAACAAGAAUACGUCUGCAACUGAGCAGACUGGUAGAGAAAACACUGGUUCCGGUCCUACCUCGAAGGCACUAGAGGAUCAACCAAGUGGUGCUGCUAAGGGCGACAACGAAAGAUCUGCAGCAAAUGAACCAUCGAGCGGUAAAUCUAUGAUUGCAUCUUUCUGGGGUGCUUCUUCACCCAAGAAUGCAACAGCGACAACGGAUUCCACUACCACUUCUGCGGCAGAUGAAUCGAAGAAAAAUUGGGUCGAAGGUCGUUUCCUAGGUUUCACCGACAAUGGCGAAUUUGCGAUCAUUCAAGCACCAGACGCUGUGCCUCCUCCGAAGUCGUCUACUGGUACUUCUACGUCGAAGAAAGAUGCAUCUACAGAUGAUCGUACCAAAGACAAAGAGUCUGGUUCGUCAAUAGCCUCUUCUAUUCGAGUGUGGCCUAUCUGGCGUCUAGGAAGUCCCGACAAAAAUGCCGGUGAAGAGGCCACUACGAACACUACGUGUGAUGCAUCUGCUGCAGCUGCAGGGAGCACAUCUGCUGGCGCCGCUGCGACUGGCGCCGCCGCUGGAUCUGCAUCGACUACUGGUUCUGGCGAAAAUAAGACUACUUCAACCUCAACGACAACCGGAGCGGCAGCUGGCUCUACUUCUACAACGACUACAGGUUCUUCAUCUACUAGUAUGGACCACAACACCACGUCAAUGACUAAAACUUCAUCCACUGCUAAGCCAUUUCCUCCGUUCGUGGGUGCUAAGCAGUUGGUGCGCAUUCACCCGUCGCAAGUGUGGAAGAAGAUAAACAUGGUUUCGCCGGUCCAGGAAAGCGGGCCUUACCCUACGCUUUACCUCGCAGAUGAACUCGCCAAAGGCUCUCGCUGUAGUCUAGAGAAAGUGAAGGAGUUGCUCCCUCAAGCAGACGUGAUGGCCGCAAAUGGACAAGGAUGCACAUUGUUGUUCCUGGCUGUCAUGUACCAGUGCGAUGUGGAAGUGUUGAAGUUACUGGUCAACGAAGGAGCCGCGGCUGUGGAGGUCUGUGGUUUGCAGGAAGGCAUUAGCCUGUUUCAGCUUGCGAGACAGAACUAUAGUACUUCUACUAAAAACAGCACGAGCACACAAGAACUUGAAGAGAUUCUGAAACUUUUGGAUUCUGAAGAACGAAAAAACAAUGGACAUGCCUUCAAGAUGCCGAAGCUUACGAAGACAAAUUUUGGAGAAGACGAAAUGCAGAUGACUAGUAGUACUAGUAGUACAAGAAAGGUGGUGGAUAAGGACAUCAACGAAAAUGACGAGGAGAUGGAAACUUUCUUGGCUAGUAGUUCCGAUAACGAGUCUGUGGUAUCGGAAGAUGCUGGUGAACUCUCGGAAGAGUCCGAUGACUCGGUGAAUGCUAUGAGCAAGAUUUGGGCUGAAGGCGCAGAAGCUGGCAGAAACAACAAAGAUAUUAACAGUGGUGGCCAACGAGGUAGUAAGAAAAGACGUGCUGGUGCCAAUGCAGCACAAGACGGCGGCACUAAGAAGAGCAAAAAAGCUUGUGGUGCAGCGAAGAGCAAAGGCAUCGCGGGAACAACACCAGCUGGUAUUGGAGCAUCUUCUUCAAACAAGCAGAGUGGUGAUCUUCAAGAGUUCACUGAAGACAAGAAAAAUUCCUGGCAUAAGCUUUCCCUCGAGACCCUUCGCGCUAAAUUCGCAACUCGCGUUCUCCCGGUUAUCCACCAGGUCAUCCAGUCCUACCCGUUGAUUUCCGGUGCCCACGCGAGCAUCGCACUUCGCAGCCACGAAGGCAGUGGUGCAUCCAUGACGCAAACCUUGACCACGAGUGAGAAACUCGUCAACGCAGUCGAGUUCACUUGGGCAGGAAGCUACGGGCCACAAUUGACGGCAAGUAGCACACAGAUUCUUCACGGACCCGCGGAUCGCACCAAGUUGUUGUCCAUGCUGGACCAGUUGCCGGUUGAAGGUUUGUACGCUUUAGAACCACUACUCAAGUCCUCCGUAUUCUACGACGCGUUGAACUGUUCUCGCACUGCUUUUAGCGCUUUCACCAAGAUCAUCCAGUCCAUCGUGACUACGGACUCUCUGGAAAUCGCUUAUCAUGGUUGCAAAUUCCUCAACCUGAUUGCAAAUCACGCUAAUUUCGUCGAUGGAGGCAAGAUCACGUCCAAACGCCUUGCAGGAGCAUCUUCUGCUACGGAAUCUGUCAAAGUCGUUCCCUCCAACACGUUUGCCAAAUUGAUCCGCAGUCAUGGAGCCGCCAAGUGGGCAGAACGAAUCAUGGAGAAGUCAGCCACGAUCGCCUGGGCCGUCGCCAAAACAGCACCUCCACUGGUUUAUGCCUCGCAAGGAAACUCCUGCUCCUCAUGUUGUAGCUCCACUUCUAGUUCUGUUGCUGUGUCGACUACGACAGCUGAAACAGGAUUUGGUGGUGUGGACCUACGCACAGGUUGGAUCCCGCCCACUUUGCGUGAAGACACUCCAGGUUCCUCUUCUGUAGGAAGUAGCUCCAUGAGAGGGAGCUAUUCUGCAGCCUUGAUGGGUCUUGGAGGAGGGUACAUUUCCGAACCAUCUGCUCCAUCUGCAUCUUCGACGAUUCUCACUGAGCAAGAACAGACCAACGUCGCUUCCAUGUUGGGCUUUUACCGUCACGCAGAACCGAGUCGUCAACGCAAGUUCAACCUUCUGGUGGAGUUGAGACGCGAAGCUGAAAAAUUGACGAAGGUUUUGGCUGAGGCGGACAAGCCAGAUCUUGGUACUGCUACUGGUUCUGGAAUGGAAGUUGAUGCACGAGCUCUCGGCAAUAGUUUCUUAGGAUUGUCCAGCGUGGAUGUUAAGAUGUCUGGCGACAAUGCUUCGGAAGCGGACAAAGCCGCAACUGCUAUGGAGACGUCGACUAAUGCCGGAACAAGCGACACUGUUUCUGUUAGCACACUGGACGCUCUCAAGUCGGCAGCUGGAGGCAUUGGGACGCAAGCUCUGAGUAUUUGUGGCGCUGAGAAUGCUGGAACACCGCAGAUUGUCUCACCUUUUGCGAAGUUGAACUCAAUCGCAACAGCGAGUGCAGAGGAGAUCUUCGAUUGCUUUGUGGAAUUGCGGCAAUUGCUGCACGAUACACGCGCAAGACGGCUUGGUGAUGGAGCCAAGUCUUUUACCUCUUUCGAAUUGGCCUCAGUUUGCGCGAUCCCAGGUUCUUUGGUUGAAGUUUUGCAGCAAAAAACCGAGAAUAUGGCGAUCUUUCACGAGGCUUUCCGCAAUGUCGAAGACUUCAAGAGGCUAACGAGCUUUCUGCACGAAGUGAUCGAUCUUGGGGAGACGUUUCCAGUUUGGCGACACAAACCAGAUCGUGGCUUGCGUGCUCUGACGGAUAUGUCAAGCCUCCGUUUGGCACGUCUGCAAGCGCCUGUGGACCAAGAAGUGUUGAUGUCGAAAGACCAGUCUUCUGCCACAUCCCCAGACGCAACUGCAACGGGAACGACCAAGGACGCGACCUCGACUUCUGGGUCUACAUCCGGAGGUAGGGCCAGCACGUCUGGCAACCGAGCUCUCUCCGCACCGAGCUCUCCGAAGAGCGGCGUGCCUAAGCAGGCACCGCUUUCACCGUCGCGUGGUUCGGCAGCGGCUGCUUCACAAUUGUUGCCGGUCGAUCCAGAAAUUUUCUUGCCUGAUUCGCUUCGCACACAGGAUUUCUUUGUCACUGUCGAACCUCUGGUCACGAUCCAAGAAGUGUCGCACUACUUGCAACAAAUUUCGCCGAUUAAGGAUGAAAAAUACCUCGAAUACUGCUAUACCUUGGUCGGAUCUGUCAUUGUCACACGGGAUGUCGAAUACCUCGUGACGGACUUUUCUGUUUACACCGGUGAAAUCCAUCUUCCUGUGCAUACUUUGCAGCCAUUGAACGUCGAUAAACAGCCAGGCGCACUUCAAGCCGCGGCUUUACGUGCUGCCGUUGCGAAAUCGCCAGCUGCAGCUAGCCCGACCACUGCAGAAGCGGACAGCAAGAGCAACGAACCGGUCCAGAUGGUCCUCAAUCUGCGCCAAUACGAAGUGCUCAGCCUCCCUGAAAAAGCAGCUUUGGAAGCACCGGUCUGCAAGUUUUUGGCCAAGCUGAUGGCUUUGAAGGUGUCCAUGAGCACGCGCGACUUCAUCGAUGCGGCUAUGCAUUUGGUUGAAGGCUUCGAUGCAACGCAAUUGGCAGAAACUCGCUCUCUCCAACGGAAAGGAUCUUUUGGCAGUCUCCCGACAUCGCCGACGGACGCUGCAGUUUCAGCAUUGACUUCUGCAGCUUCAAAACUGGUUGCUUCUGUUGGGAGCGCUUCAUCUUCAGGAGGUAACAAAUUUGAACUGAACGCUUAUCAGGUUGGACUCAUGACGCAGUUGCAAGAUGCUAGUGGUUCGGUUUUUGCAACGUCAAAAAUGGAGAUUGAUCUUACAUCUAUUAAGGACGACGACGAGUCUGGCUCUAGGUCUACUUCCAAACAAGCGCUUGACAUGAGAGUUGGAGAACUUUCCGAGGAACAGCGCAGUGCUUUGAAGAAGAAGUUGAUCGAGGAACUGGAUUCCUGCCGUGUGUACUUGGAGCAACGACGCCCUGAUCGCGACCAGCUGAACACGUCGAGCCGGACCGGCAGCAAGCAGGUGGAUCCAUCGCAGCGUUGCCACACGGUCUUCAUCGUUCACACCGGUGGUGAUGAUGUGCCGUUCGACAUGAUCUGGGGAAUGUUGAAGGACGAUAUCACCACGGCUGUGCGCGAACUCUGUCCUCGUGGCAGCUUGCAAUCUGAGGAAACUCUGAAUGCAGGCAUCGCCAACAACAGCGGCAUGGGCCCUCUGGCCAAGUGCUUGACCUUAAAUGAAGCAGAACGACUCGCAAGUCGCGUUGGCAACUGUGUGCAAACGGCUGUCAACGUAGACUACGACGAGUUCGCGAAGAUCAAGAACAAAGAGGAAACCGCUUUAGCUGCGCAAGCUGCACUUAAGGCACCCAAGAGAUCAUCCUCUCCGCCAUCCUUGUCCUCUGUUCCAAGUAAGAAGAAAAGAAAAAAGACGAGGCAAGGAUGUGCUGCCCAAGGAUGCAAGUGCGAGAAGAGUUCUAAUGCACGUAUGCAAGCUGCCAGCGCCAAAGCUGGAGGUGCUUUCUCUGCAAACUCAGCACAUCUCUCGGCUGGUCUCCGUGUCCAGUUUGCCAGCAAACCUCUGCGAAGCAGUGGACCAGGCGCUACUUCCUCAUCUUCAGCGAAAAACAAGGACCCCUACGAUGACAAGGGUGUGAUUCUCUCCCGUUCCAACAACCUGAUGCAGAAAUCCACUGCCAGCACUGGACCUUCCAAUCCGGCAGGCCUUGCGGCUGGUGCCGGCUCCGGCGAAGUCUUGUUCGACAUCAUCAACGACGACGGUGUCGUGUUCGAGUGUUUGCCGAAGACUAGGCUGAAAGUGAGCAAGUCGGAUAUGGAGAAACUGAAUCGUGGUGCACCUGGAGGUGGUUCAACAACCUCGACUUCUGCUGGCGGCUCUAGUAUGAUGGAUUUGGGACCGAUCAUCCGUUUACGAGAACAACUAGGUCGUGCUGGCGCAGAGCGCGCGUUGUUCGGAGGUAGUGGAUCGGAUUUUGACCCGUUGGCAAUCAUGGCUGGGUUGUCCGGUGGCUCUUCCGGAGGUAAAGGUAGCAGUGGAGCCGGUCCAGGGUCCUCGGAACCCGAUAGCACUGGUGCAGGCAAAGGCAGCAUCUUCUCGAGCUUCAAAGGUUCCGGCAAAGGCUCUAGCUCCGGCAAAGGAUUCGACCACUACCAGUACCUGGGCUUCGGCAGCAAAGAUGGCAAGGAUGGCAGCAAGGGUGCAGGAAAAGGUCACUAUUUUGCGUUACCCGCUUCUAUGGCAGGCAAACUCUUCGGAUCAGCUGCUGCUAAGGGUGCCGAGGUCUACAUCAAGGGUGGCAGUGGAGGCGCUCAUCGUGUCAUUCAUUCGUCAAGCAAAGGGGGAAGCAGCUCAGGUCCACUUUCAAUUGCAGGCGUGCCUCCACCAAAUGCAGAUGAUUUUGAGGCGUUCUUGGCAUCGGCUGGCGCUUCUAGUGCAGCUGGAGCUGAGGGAGCAUCUUCAUCAAACCCUGCUGCAUCAGGAGGAGCAGCAGCCGCAGCCUCUGGUGAAAACAACAAAGACGAAUCUGCUGGUGUUAGCGCUCCUGCAGCUGGAGAGAGCGCUAGCGCAGCUGCAGCGCCGGAAGGCAGCUCAUCUGGAGGUGAUGCGGCAGCUCCAUCUGCUGAUGCAGCUGCUCCUGCAGCAGCAUCCUCCGCAGCACCGGCUGGGGAGGCCUCUUCCGCCGCAGCAGGUGAUAGCAGCAACAGUGGCGCUAAUGCUGAAUUAUCUGCUGCUCCAGCAGCGUUUGGACCCGAUGCAUCGGCCGCAGCGAACAACUCUUCUUCAGGAGGUGCUGGAAGUGCGAGUGCAGCAGCAGCAGGAGCUUCGGCCGCUGCAGCUGGCAACAACAGUUCCUCAGCGGCUGGUGUUGCAGCUCGCGACAUCUGGGCGGAUGGCGAUGACUCUGAGUUCAACGACGAACAUGAUGAAGAUGGCGAGCACGAUGACGACCCUUACAUGGACGACGACGGUGGUGGUUACUAUGGCGAAGGUAUAGAAGACGAAGACGUCUCUGAUGACGAGAAUGAUCACGCGUUGUUCGAGUCCAUUCUCAACAACAGUACGGGAAGAAGUGAAAGCGGAGCUGGAGGGUCUGGACAGGGUGCUUCUGGUGGUGCGGCAGAUCCUGGAGCAUCGAGUAGUGGAAACAGCAGAGAUUUGCUCCUAGAGCAGCUCAGGCGAAUGGAAGAGGCCUUCAGUGGCCUGCGAGGACGCGCAGCAGAGGCAGACGCAGCAGCAGAGAGUGCCAGAGAGGCCGUUGCGAGAGCAGAAGGAGCAAGCGCGGCUAGUCGGUACUGAUUCAAAAUUUUGAUGUGUGAUGUCGAUCCUAUUUGAGUGUGUAGUGAUGCCUCGUUAAUCAAAAUUGAUGAAUUCUCAUUUCUACUAAGCAGAGGCGGCUUUAGCCGAUCCUUAUAUAUCGUCAAGUUUGUUAUUGUUUAGCUGAAGUAUUCAACAUUGAUGAAUUCUCAUUUCUACUAAGCAGAUAGAAGAAGGUCACAUCUUGAUCUUCAUAGUCUCUCCCUCUUCUCUUGACAUCAAUUUAGUUUCCCCCUCUUCGGCAGCCUGGGGCGCAGCGGCGGCGGCCCGAGCCGAUCCUUAUCGUCAAGUUUGUUUUCGAUUCUUGGCGGUGACGCGCCUCCACAUUCAAGUGGCCGCUCUCAACUCCGACGUCUGCCCUUCCACGGCGAAGAACCAGGCGCGGCCGUGAUGGACCCGAGCUCCUACUAUUCGCAUAUCUACACUAGUGGACGCAGUACUUCGAGUACCAGAGAACCGCAAAAACGUGUUGGAGAACUGCCUUUGCGCGCUAGCUUGCCCGGUUUUACUCGUACGACUGAGGCAUCGGAUCCUCGCUCUACAUUGGAGCAUCCUGUAGCAGAGCGCGUCACUCAGCAAGAACUUUCUCAGGUUCUGCAGGAAGACGCCAAAGCUCUAGAGGAUGAGAGCAAGACUGCUCAGAGGACGCAGAAGAACACCUCUGGGAACAACGCCAUCGUCGACAGUGAACUACUAGCUGCUUUGGAUAGCGAGUUUCGAGAAGUGAGAGCCACCUUUUGCUUGUACGAACCUCCGGUGAGCGGUGCUCCAGGAACUACUGUCAAUUCUUCUCGUCCGAGUGCUACUACAUCUUCUGGCGGACCUGCGUCAACCAAUCAACACCAAUCUAGUACGAGCAACUCAGCCGCAACCGGAACCAUGCAUCGGUUCCCGCUUCGUUGGAACUUGUUCAAGGUCUUCCAACGUCUGUCCGAUUUGCAGCACUACGCUACGUUGUCCUCCGCUGGACGCGUUACUUCUGUUAAGGGUAAAGGAAAUGCAUCUCCAAAGUCAUCGGGAAGAUGAAAACAAGUAGAAGAAAAGAGCACUCAGAUGAUGAAUUUUACUGAGAUGCAUUUCCUAUACCUCUAAUUCUGGUAUUUCUCGCAAUGGCGACAGAGACAGUCACUUCCCGACCAAAGUGAAUGGUUUGAGACGUGUACCCUUGGACCAGUGGGCUUUGAAGUACCACAUUGAAGUCCAAACUCCGGAUCUGUCGGAUGUGCCACGGCUGUUCACCUCCAUGCUGGACGUCCGCGACCCUGCUGAGCGCAGGGAGAUGGCCCAAAAGCUUGUUGAGGACUUGGAAAACGAGGCUUUGUUGAACGAAAACCACCCAGCGAAGAAACGGCGACUCCGCAUGUGCCAAACCGAACAAGAACUGAUGGACGCAAGCUUGGCUGUGGGAUCCGUAGCGAGAGAGCUGUACGCCAAUGAGGCGAGCCUGUUUGGGCCCGAGAGGAAUCAUCCCUUUUUGCUUAGCACCUUCUGCGGAAACAGCGAAGGAGUGCUGGACUCCUUAGAACUGCUCAGCAUCCUCAAAACCAGCUACUUGAAAAGCUACUAUAAUCCGGGAGACUACCAAUUGCCAGCAGAGCUCGUCAACUAUGCAGCUACCACACCUGGUGGAACGCGAACGACCACCACUAGCUGCCGUACAGCCUCUACCUCUGCUGGUGGGCCGCGAGGAGGUGAAGAUCUCAUUUCUCGUCCUACGGGCUUCUCCGCAAACGAUAUGCGAGCGAAACUCGAUAAGCACCAUAACAACGCUAGGUUCUGGUUGAAUCCGAAACUGGAUAGGAAGUUGAGGUCACAGUUAGACGAUCCAUUAUCCGUGAUUACUGGCGCUUUGCCUUGGUGGGUGCACACGCUGGCAAGGAUUUGCCCGUUCUUGUUUAGCAUCAACACCAGGAAGCUGCUUUUGAAGUACACGGCAUUCGGACAGGCAUUUGCGAUCCACUGGAUCCAGGAGAAUAAGCUUGGUACUUGAUAUUCUUUUUCUUUUGCGAAUCUUGAUGUUGAUAGAUAUUUAUAACAUUCGUUCUUUUGGGUAAUACAUUGUAGCUUCAAGAACUGACACGGCUGAUUUAUUUCCAAGACGAAAGCUUUUGCUUUUCUUUUUUCCACAGCAUGAGGAUUGAAAAAUUCUUACUUAAGAUCUACCCACGACUCAUAGAAGCAACUACUACAAGAACUCUUAACUCUAACAGGUCCCUACCUCAAGCGUCGUCAAACCCUGCAAACCGAACUGAACGCUGCUGCUAUGGACCCAAGGAGAACGCAGACCCUGUCCCAAGACCUAUCAAACGUAGAAGAGCACAUCAUUCGUUCAAACUGGUGGAUCGGCAGUUUGCAAGCUGUCUUGACGAAGAUGGAGAAGAACGACCAAAUCGUAGACAUCGCGUCGAUGGCCAUGCAGAGGCUGAAUAUGUUCCCAUCGUCAUGCAGGACAAUGGAAGUACAGUUUGAGAACGAAACUGGAUUUGGACAGGCGGUACUAUUUCUUAGACUUUCGGUGUGGUGUUGGUGUUGGUGUUGAUUUAAAUGUUGAAUCUUGAUGACACCUCUGUGUAAGUUUUGCUUCAAAUAGAACGGCCAUCCAGAGGGUCGAACCUGAAGCACAUGACCAUGACCAAGAACAUAAGGCAGUAGUUAGCGCCAAAAAGUCCCUUGUUUGGCUUCUCUUACAACUUGAGUUUGUACGUGGUGAUGAGUAGUGUCAGGUCUUUGUGGGGCAGAAGUUUCUGGGUUUGGGUACUCCAGUUUUCUAUCAAGCUGACAAUUUUUUAUCAAGCGCACAAACACUAACACAUCGAACUGACAACUUAUUCACAUCAGGUGACGCAAUCUUUCUACGUCGAACUCGCUAACCGCUUGAUCGAGCGCGACAACAACCGAAAGGUCCCCAUGUGGGUCGAGGACGAUGGGACGCUUCGAGAAACCAGCCAUGUUGGACAGAUGUGUCGUGGCGGUCUUCUUGUCCGACCUUUGAACUCGGAACAGGUCUCUGCAAAAGUCCUCAACCAGUUCAGGUUCUUCGGCAGGCUAGUCGCCAAAGCCUUGCGGGAAGGAUUCAUUGUACCAGUGCCAUUAUCGGAGGAGUUCUUCGCACUAGUGAGGGACAUCGACAUUUCAUCCUCGAGCUUGCCAAGACCGGGAACCGGCUAUGACGGAGAAUUCGUAGGCUUGAUGGCGGAAUACGUCAGGGAUAUUGGUAAUAAGACUUAGACUUGAGCAUCAAUCUUAAUAGUGGUCCUACUGGAAUUAAUAAUAUACAACGAAGAACUACAUGGGGCUGACAGGACGACGAUAGCGUCGGCAAUUAAUUAGUCUUAGCACAUAGCAGGAUACUGCUGGAUACUUGUUGAUAAGUGCACUUUUCUCUUUUCUAACUUCCUCUGGUCUUCCUUUUUUCUAGUUAGGUCGGCUCCACCACAAUAUAGAUACAACGAAGAACUACAACUACUAUUACUGCUACUACUAGACCGUGUUUGCGCACGUAUGGCUGUGUAUGAAGAGCUGGAGAACAUAAUUUGGAUCAACUAUUGGAAAACUCAAAAUGACCGAGUUACUGAAUGAAAUAUGAGUCUUGACUACAUUCCUCUUCUGUCAGUAUCUCCCUUAUUUUCACUAGUUUUUACUCGCUUAUUUUAGUUUAAUAUAUCGAAUACGAUUCUAGGGCCAGCAUCUUUUUCAACAAGAUAACCCAAAUUGUUCACACAACAGCGCGCCGCACUCGCAACGCGCGCACUUCUGAGGAAAAAUUGAGGAUAAUGAGGGAAGAAGCUGGAAGGAAGGACUUCAGAGAGCGGUAUUUGAGGAAGGACAUGGACUCCAGCCCAAAGCGCGGUCCGCACGGUCAAGAGCCAUGCUCUUUCUCCGACUACUGCUCAGAUCUAGGCGCCUGUUUCUUGGAAACCGGAUUUAACGGAAACCCGUUGAUCCAAGAUGGCGACAACAUCGAAAUCACGUUUGAAAACGUGGAAAGCUUCGUAAGAGAAGCGACAGACUUCUGGUUUAGCAGAGGCAUUAGCAAACAAGUGACGGCGUUUCGGGAAGGGUUCAACGACGUGAUGCCAAUACAAAGCUUGUGGACAUUGAGUCCGAAGGUACCAUUAGCUUACUACUGCUUUAUUUGUAUCUAGAACUAGAAGUUGUAAAAGAAUGAAGAUAAUUGAGAAAAUUGUGCAACACCUACAGCUCCAGAUUCAUUGGAAGGAUCAUUUAACGAUGUUACUUUCUCAACCACAAAUCCCUGAACUACAGGAACUGAUGCACAUGAUCUGUGGCGAGGAGAAGAUCGAAUGGACCCAGGAGCAGCUUGAGCAGCAUUUGCAUGCAAGUGGAACGUUGAGUUCCGAUCAUGCAGUUUACAAGCAUUUGAUCGAAAUCUUGAUGGAGAUGGAGUUCCGAGACCGACAGAGAUUCCUCGACUUCGUCACCUCGUGCCCCCGACUACCACCAGGUGGCAUGGCCAAGAUGCAUAUCGAAGUAUGUGGCGUCGCCGCAGGUUCCACGGGUGCAAAGUCAAAGUUGCCGUACUCAAGAGCCUGCUCUUCGCAACUGUACCUGCCGGCAGCGCUGUAUUCGGGAAAGGAAGAUUUGAGGACCAACCUAAACGAGGCAAUGUACUCAAGCGUGGGAUCGCAUGAACACAGAUAAUCCUCUCUGUGAUUUUUUUUUCCUGACGACCCGACGCGAACGCAAGUUCAUCAGAUUCAUAAACCUACAAUGAAAUAAAGCAAGAGUAUGAGUAGUAUCCCUACAAGUACAACCCCUUCCACUUCCAAACGGACGAAUUUGAACUUAGUACUAGGACUACCCGCAUCUUCUUUGUUUUCUUCUAAAUCGACGUUUAGAAACAUGAAUACUUUUUACAGAUAAAUUUUCUUUUGCAAACAAGAAUUACCACUAAUUAGAAGACCCCGAAUAAAGACAAAUGCUUGUAGAAGAUCGAAAAAUAAGGCAAUGGUCGAUGUGUAGAGAGCAAAGCCUGCUCGUUAAGCCGAAGAUGCAAUUCAAUGUUGACCAUCAUGUAGUCGUGGAAUUCACUUUCCAACAAAAACCGUUUUACUUAGCACUCGUCAUUAUAUCAAUUUUUUCUUUUUGAGCAGAAAAUCAACAUCAAGGAGCAAGAUGAAGAAAGAGGACCAUAUUAAGAGUGAAGAAAGCAACCUCUUGAAUGCCGUGUGUUGUCGUGUGUUGUCAGUAAUCAAGUCCGUACUCUCGAAUCAUGUGAGUUGUGAAGAACCAACGAGGAGUAAUAAGGAGGCGAUAGGACGAUGAUGACUGUUUAUAGUCUUAGCGCCUUUCAAGUUCAAGUUCAAGAGAAGGUAACCACACGAACAAUCAUCUAAAAGAAAGAGUCCCACUACUUAUAUGUAGUCCCACUACAACUUCAACUUAUAUCGACAUGGAAUGAUACUAGAAAUAGAAUGGCCUCCAGCACUGCUGCAGCAAUCAUCCCAACAACAAAAGCGAAACGUACCUCGUUCCUCUCCUCGCUUGCCUUAGCUCUUCAUCUCUUUUGAUGUCCCCAGUUCAAGUUCUUUAUUUUUGCAUGUUGGGUCGACUGAGAUGAUCAUUGAGUGGCAGGCUUCCCGGCUAUUAAACAGAGAGUUUUAUCAUGCUCACAUUCACAGAGAGGCCUUUCUGAAGAAUCAACAUUCUGAACGAGUUCCUGUCGUUCCC